ACUAUUAAGGAUGGGAGUGGACCGCCCGGACCAUGGCGGUAGGCGGCGGGUCGACGCUGACGUUAACUGGGCAGCGAGCAGCGGUGCCAGCCAGUGGCUACCAAGAUGCGACGUGUAACGUUGUGUACAAUUUUCCAGAUGCCCCUAAGUUAGUGAAAUUUGUCGUUUCGUGUAUUUAGUCGCAAGCCCUGCAGCGGGGUCUGAACAAAAACACAAAGAAAUGGCUGGGAUUUUCAAGAAGCAGAUUUUGAAACAUUUGUCCAGGUUCACCAAGAACCUGUCCCCGGACAAGAUCAACCUGAGCACUCUGAAGGGGGAGGGCCAGCUGUCCAACCUGGAGCUGGAUGAAGAGGUCCUGCAGAACAUGCUUGACCUGCCCACCUGGCUUGCCGUCACACGGGUCUACUGCAACAAGGCUGCCAUCAGGAUACAAUGGACAAAGUUGAAGACAAGCCCCAUCUGCCUGUUCCUGGACAAAGUGGAGGUAGAGAUGAGGACAUGUGAAGAGCCCCGCCCCCCAAACGGCCCCUCCCCUAUCGCCAUUACAGCCGGCCAGAGCGAGUACGGCUUCGCUGAGAAGGUGGUGGAGGGUAUGUCGGUGGUCAUCAACUCCAUCACCAUCAAGGUGCACGCCCGGGCCUUCCACGCCUCCUUCGAGCUGUGGCAGCUGCAGGGCAACAGCCUCAACCCCAAGUGGCAGAAGAGCGACCUGCGCUACACCCGCAUCACCGACCCAAAGAGGGGAGAGGUGCUGACCUUCAAGGAGAUCAACUGGCAGAGCCUCAGGAUCGAGAUGGACGCCAUAGAGAGCGAGGACCAGGAUCUGGGCACCACGCCGCUACGCCUCAUCACCAACCAAGGACGCAUCCGCAUCGCCCUCAAGCGCAGGGCGAAGGACUGCCACGUGCUGGCCUCCAAGCUGCUGUUCAUCCUGGACGACCUGCUGUGGGUGCUGACCGACUCCCAGCUCAAGGCCAUCAUCCACUAUGCCAAGUCCCUCAGCGAGGCCAUGGAGAAGUCGGCCCAGCAGAGGAAGAGCAUGACGGCCGAGUCCCUCCAGACUGCCCCACCUUCCCCUGGCAUACACACCCUGUGGACCGACUCCCCGCCUGCGGCCGGCGGCACCCCCAACAACACGAGUCAGUACUUUGAUCAGUACGACGUCAAGGAGUCCUCCUACCACACCUUCAUCUCCCGCUUGGACCUGCACAUCUGCAACGACAGCUCCACCAUGGACCCAGACGAGCCCCCUCCCCCGGGGUCACAGGGAGCCAUGCAGCUGACUUUCAGAAAGCUGGGCUUCGACUACUACCCCGUCCACAGACCUGCUGACGGAUGUAGCCACUGGGAGCGUCACAGUGGAGCCAUGGAGGCGCAGGCCCACUGGGCAGGGAAGCUGCUCCAGGACUUCCAGAAGAGAAUGGAGGCCCCUGGGUUCCCUGGUCCACAAGCGGAGGGGCCUACACCCGGCAAGGACUCGCCAGCAAGGACCGCUCAGGACAGGGGCCAGUCGAGUCCCAAGUCGGUCCCGCGUGAGAAGGAGCAGCCAUCCAGAAGGAGCUCGGCGUCGGCCCCCCCAGUCGCCCCUCUAAAGAGGCUGAGGUCCAGCUGUGUGGUGGUCAGGAUGGACGACCUGGACAUUCACCAGGUCUCUAACGGAGGGCGCCGUAACAAGAAGACCCAGUCUCUGCUGUCCUGUAACCGCAAAGCUCUCAGCCUGCCCGACAGCGUGCCAGCCAUCCACCUGCAAUUCACCGAAUACUACUUUCACGACAACCCUGAAUUACUAGUGCCCACCUCUAACCUGUAUGCCCAGCUGAACAGCCUAAAGCUGUGUGUGGACCCGGCCAGCGUGCUGUGGAUCAACCUGUUCUCGCGGGGUCUGCUGCGCACCCUGGCCCAGGUUAAGGCCUUCUACCACCUGCAGGACAGCAGCAAGGUGGACGAGCACGUGGACGUCCGCAUGGACGCCACACAGCUCAAGUUCAUAAUCCCCCUGGACUCCUCCAUCCUGGACCACCCCGAGCGGCCCCAGUCCCUCACCGUCCUCCUCCCCCAGGUGGGGCUCAGCAACACCCGCCACUGCCCCCACGGCACCCGGGCCGACCUGGGCACCACCUACCACGGCUUCUCCGCCUGCCCCUUCUUCCAGCCCGCCGCCGCCCGCUCCUUCCCCAGGGAGCAGAGUGCCUUCCAGCCGCUGCCCGCCGCCCUGCUCCGCCACGCCGGGGAGGCGGCGCCCCGGCCCGCCGGCGACCGCAAGCCCCCCCGCUCGCAGGACGUCUGGUCCCUCAGCCUGUCCCGCGUGAGCCUGGGCUUCGACGGGGCGCGCCACUGCCCCAAGGGGAGGACCCAGCCCUUCGUGGAGCCCUUCGGCGUGUCCGUGUGGGCGUGUCAGGCCUCGGCUGUCAGCGGCUCCUCCCCGGCUAGUCCCAGCGGAGCGGGGCAGAACGGGAAGCCCCACACCCCUGCCGCCACCGCCACCGCCACAGCCACCGCCACCCCCUCUGCCUCCGUGACCGACCUGACCAAAGGGGGGGAGGGGGAGUCCCUGGCCUCGGUGCACGUCCUGGCUCAGACCAUCACGCCCGUGAGGGUGUGGCUCAACCACUACCAGUACGUGGCCCUCCUGAGGAUGAAGGACUCCCUGGGCCGGCUGGCCGCCGAGCUGGGCCGGGACAGGCGGGACGCCAGGCGGGCCCAGGGCCCCCAGAACAGCCCCGCCCCGACGCUGUGUCUGGCGCUGCUGCUGGACGCGCUGGAGCUGGGGCUCCUGCUGCCGCCGGCCGCCGCGGAGCCCGAGCAGGAGGCCCCCCACACGCCCGGGUCGGAGAGCCCCAGCAUGACGGACUCGGACGCCUCCCCGACGCACCCGCCGGGGCCCCUGGAGGACGGCGGGGUAGAGAACGGCCUGGCCCACGCCGACGCGGGGCCGGAGGAGCCCUACUGCCUGGUGGAGGAGGCCUGUGAGGCGGUGGAGGAGGCGGGGGGGGAGGGGGAGCUGGUGUCCCCCCCGCUCUCCCCCCCGGCGCUGUCCCGCGAGCCGUCCUCCUUCAGCCUGGAGGGAGAGCUGUCCAGCGCCCUCAGCGUCACCAAGGACGCGACCAAGGACGCCCUCAGUGCCUCUCUGGACCUGACCAAAGGGGCCUUCUCCAUCACCAAGGACGCCUUCAGCAUGCUGAGCCGCGGCUCGGGCAUGAGCAAGCUGUUCUCCCCGCAGGCAAAGGAGCUGGCCCUACAUUCCGAGAAUUCUUCCUCUCCCUCGCCGGCGGGCAGCCUGCACCUCCUCUCCAUGAGGAACUCUGCCUCCCAGAGCUCCCUGGACAGCUCCAUGCUGGACAGCUCCAUGCUGGACAGCGGCCUGCCCGACGACCGCCUCUCGGUGACCAGCGACACCAUGGACUUUGUGGUCCUCAUGGACUCGGAGUCGGGUCUGGAGGCCAUGCGUCCCAGCAGCAUCCCGGUGGGCAGCCGGGGCAGCACAGCCCCGGGGCUGGAGGGGGGGUCCAUGGCGGACCUUAGCAGCUCCCUGUCCCUGAGCACUGAGGACAUGAGCGAAGACACGGCGUCUGUGCUGUUGCUGGUGCUGAGUGGGGUGUCGGGGACGGUGGAGGUGAAGGGAGAGGCCCAGCUUGUUGCCCUGGAGGUCCAUAGCCUCAGCCCCGUUCAGAUGGGCAACAUCAAGGUGUCCGACCUGCUCUACGGUCUCACACAAGCCCCUAAACCACCGGAGGCUCCGUCCAAGCGGCAGUGUGCGGCGGUGUGCCUGCGGGCCACCCUGACCGAGGCGGCGGGCUGCCUGGAGGUGGGCGUGAAGGACUGCCAGGUGGGGCUGCUGGCCUCCACCAUGGCCAACCUGGGGCCCUUCCUGGAGGACGAGCUGGGCGGGGAGAGCCAGCUCAUGAGGGUGCACCUGAGCAACGUGGCGGUCACACUGACGGACGACGGACCCAGGAUCUACCCUACCGCCCCCCAGUCCGUCCCCGCCACGGUCAUCCUGGACCAGGUGCUGCUGGAGCGCACGGAGGACGGGUUCUUAAGGCUCAAAGCUGGUGAAGGAAAAUGCCCCAGAGAGGCUGCAGCCAGGAUGUCUGCGGUGUGUCUGGAAAAUCACACUCGCCAGUGUCAGCCGGAGGGUCCUGAGACCCUGGAAUCCCAGCUGUCUGGGGCCCAGGCCGCCCUCACCCAAGCCCUCUGCGACAGAGACGUGCUCCUCCUGGAACUCAAAAAGUAUGACCCCAUGUUUAGCCUGUAGGCCCUGUUUGGCUCCAUGGGGUAAGACCUCUUCACCUGCUGUGGUGGACCAAUCCUGGACCGGAGGGACCGAUUCCACAAGGUGACGGAAGCCCUUUAUUAACGGAGACGGAAAAAGAUAGGAAAAUGUGAAUCUGACUUGUUUUGUUCCAAUGCUCCUGAGAUGAGUGGCACGCAGUGGCAACCAGAACAAGCUAACCCAACGGGAAACGAGCGCCUCAGCAUUUCCACCAUUCUUUGGACUAUGUCGAUGUGCACAGUAUGUCGUAUACGUGGAUUCAGUGGUCGUUAAUGGAGCAUGCAAGCGCAAAAUGGUGUUGAGCCCAUUUCCCACUUCAAAUGUUGUUAUUUAAGUGUAGAUUAGUUUAGUUCAGCAACAAACACAAUGCCAAAAUCUGUUACAUGCACUAAGAAACUGCCCGAGAGCGGUCCGUCUACCAGUUCAUCGUGUCGUCCAUGACUUGAAGUCUUGCUUGGUGAAAGGCCUCAUGUAUCAUUAAUCGGCCUCUUUACCGAGAGUCUCUCUUAAGCACAGAGUUGCAGCCAGGCCGGCUAUCGACCGCCGUUCACUGGCAGCGUCGUACAGUGUUUUUCACCUGCUCACUCGCCCAGUGUUUUCUGUGUUAGCGAAUGUAGCGUUUGUGUUGUGCAACGUAGAGGGAGAGUAAACAAACCACUGUUUGUGUGCAGUGCCUUCUUUACAGUGGAUUCUCCCUUUUAAAUGUCACCAAGAGAGGGACAAUGCACCUUAAAGGAGGUGAGGAUUGACUGUGUAUGACAGUGCUGAGAUUCUGCAGGCCAGAGCAGUGGGAAGACUCAGUGACCUGUUUUAAUGUUUGACGUUGAUGAAAUUCUACAGCACUAGAAUAGCUCACCAGAGUAUAUUGUGAGCAGGAGAAAGACAUUGUAAAUUAUGGCAAUAACAAUAACGUUACCUUUUUCUUUUUUUUAUGGAUUAACCGUAAUUCCUUAGGUAGAGCAGAUCCAUAUGUGUAAUGGACUUUUUAUUCAUGGUACUAAAACAAGGUAAUAAUAUAAAUACUCAUAAUCACCAGAGGUGGACACUACUUCUGAAGUGGGUGUUCAUGUAAUGUUCAAUUAAUGGUAAAAAAAAGAGGAAAGAAAAGAUAACUGCUUUAUAUGGGAGAGAAAAAUGUCAACCUAAGUAUUUUUUCUUCACAGGGAUUCAUUCUUAAGUCGUGGCCCAGUAUCAUUUUGUUUUGAAAAUACAAAAUAUUAGUGGCAUUUGUUAACAAUAUUCAAGCUAAUAGGACCCUAAAUAAACAGAUAACCUUCAUCACCCCGAGUGGCCUGGAAGGAAUCAGGCCAGCUAUUCUACUGGAGCUAGUUUAAGCCUCUUUGUAGCAUAACCAUGUACUGUUGUGUGGUUUUGUGUGAGCAGCAAGAUGAACAGGCCCCUCUUUCUGUCCGAUUGUACAAGGCAAAGUGUUGGAGCCAUAUCAAUCAAAACAUAACGUUGAGAUUAAUGUCAAUGUCUCCCUGCCCACAGUGUUUGUUCAAAUUGUGCCAGUUCCUUUUUCUUUUCUAGUUUGUAAUUAUGUCGCCUAAGUUUGUUCAGUCAAUGAAUGGUUAGUUUGUUUUUCUAUUCAUGUUUUUGUUGCUUUAGUUUGAGCAUUGUCUGAAGUUAGUGUAACCAUACAAAAUGACAUUUAUGUUUACUUUCAGUGUUAAGCUGUCAAAGCUACGGUGCAGGCUUCUUUACUGGGCAUUAUUUUUAUUUUUUAUCCUUAUUCAUUUGUAAAAAAAAAACACGCAUUCCGAAACCAGCCACUAUUUUGCACCGUUUGUUUCUCACUUACUAGGUACUUGAGAGACCCCUGGUGGUGCGGAUUUGAAACAGCAUCCCACCUUAGCAGCUUUUACAUGGUGUGGUAUGAGUUUAAAAACUCUGGAAUGUAAAAUACUCCAGCAAUAGAAGAGUGGUUUAACCAAACCCUGAUGAAGGACAGUUCUGCAAAACACGAUGAGAGGAAAAAACUAAAGGAGACGACAUCUCUAAAUGCAUAUUUCUUUUCUUUUGACGUUUACAUUUUGCAUGGCCUUGUAGACGAGGGUACAGUGGUGAGAAUUAAAUGUGAUUCAAUGUCUCAUUUGGAACGAAAUCCUAAGAUUCUCCUACCUCAAACGUCAAGGCCUCAGAGCCAAAGUUGCUUCUGGCUGGGCUGAGACGGUGGUGUGUUCAUUACUGGUACCGUCUAAUGGUCCAAGCAAAACAGAAGGAAUCGCUGAGAACAAUGACUUCCCAUGUUGUGCCUUGUUCUCUCCCUAUGAUUAAUUUGCAAAUGUUUGAGUGGUGAUGCAUGUAUAGAACAUUUUGUUUUGUGCUUAAUGCCUUGUAGAUUUCUUUGCACUUGUGGCACAUUCACUGGAAAUUGCACUUUUAAUGUGAAUCACCUUUAAAAAAGAUUGUCCUGUGAUAAGUACCUUCCGCCAUCUGUAAAAUACCUUAUGUAUUUUGUUAUUUGUUCUGAAAUAUUUACAAUGGAUUUUGUAUUAUCACCUAAUUAGAUCUAAGAAAUUGGUUCUGUGAACCAAAGCCGUGUGAAAAACUGAAAAUAAUAAAUAACUGGUUACUGUACUGUAA